CCAUUUACUCCCACACGUCAUGCAUACACACUUACAUACAUGCACAUGCAUUCCAUUAGAGAUAGGGUGUAGUGGCAGGUCACGAACUGAGUCUCUGGCUGACAAUGGCAUGUAGAAUAUGUUACAGUGUUCUGGUGACUGGAUCAAACCGGGGAAUUGGAUUUGAGCUUGUUCGCCAGUUGGUUGAUUCACCUUUGGGUCCAGUUAAGAUAUUUGCUGGUUGUAGAGACCCAAACGGACCAAGAGCACAGGAACUCCAGGAACUAGCUCAGAAGCACCAAGAUGUGAUCACAGUUGUCCAGCUUGACAUUGGUUGUCCGGCUAGUAUUACAGAGGCCUCAAAGCUGGUGGAAGCUAAGGUGCAGGACAAAGGCUUGAAUCUGAUCAUCAACAAUGCGGGCGUGAAUAUACCAGGAUCACUAGCAGACACGGGAAAAAGUACGAUGGUCGACGUGUAUACAACUAAUGUUGUAGGACCCAUGAUCGUCGCAAAGGAUUUCCGCCCUCUCCUAUGUAAGGCUGCAGCUCAAUUUUCUCAUCAAACCAGCAUGUCUUGCAAAAGAUCCGCUAUCAUCAAUGUCUCCACACUACUGUCUUCCAUCACCAUGUGCCAUGAAAAUUUCUCCCAGGCUCCAAUGUACCCCUACCGAGUUAGCAAGGCUGCACUAAACAUGUUAACACGCUGCUUGGCAGAGGAUUUAAAAAAUGAUGGCAUACUUGUUAUGGCCCUCCAUCCAGGAUGGGUUCAAACAGAGAUGGGGGGUUCAGAGGCUCCCCUGACAGCAGCUGAAAGUGUCAGAGGCAUGCUGGGAGUCAUCACAAACCUCACAGAGAAAGACACUGGAACUCUUUUAGAUUGGAAAGGCAAUAGCAUCCCAUGGUGAUUACUCAAUUCGUGUGUCAGUUACCUUAUGUUUAACAUACUUUCACAUUGUUGUCUGUCUGUGGCUGUCUUAUAUCUGAGGCAUAUCUUUCUGCUACAAAUAACAUUUUAUACUAUACACGAUGUAAUAUGAUCACAGAAGUCUGUAACAGUAAUGCUGAAUGUGUAUUGCAUUUGCAGUCGUCACAUUAAACUGUGUGUUAUGUAAAAGAUAAAAAACACUUUGUAAAAAAUGCUUUAUUUCACCAUAAUUUAUAUUUGUGUUACAGAAUGCACACACUACAAUGUCAUUAUUAUGAUAAAAGAUGCAAAAAAAGAAAGCAAGAUAAGGUGAAAAUGAAGUGUCCAUUAAAAUUCCAAAACAAUUGCCAUUAUGACUAAAUGAUUUAAAUUAGAAUUUAGUUAGGAAUUGGGUUAAGAUGGGGUGGAGAUUAAGAUGUUUGUUUGACAGGAAUUCAUGCUGUCCCAGGAGGACCAAGAAAAAUGUAGAUCCAGUAAAACAUCUUACUUGGCAAAAUCAAAGUGAUUUUUUUGU